AGAAAACAGGGCAUGUGUAUACAAUGCGAUGGAUGGCAACCAUACAUGUGUAUAAACGGUGUAAGGCCUUUAAGAAUAUUCAAGAGCACAGCAGCAAUGGAUAUUAUUGUCGUACAAUGAAACUAUUUUAAGUAUUCAUUAACCACAUGAACAUAUAAUCCGUCCAAAAUGGAUAUUUUCUAUCAAGCAUGCACAUAGAAUUAGCUAGCUCCAGAGUGAACAAUGGUGUAUCGUAUUUGUAUUCGAACCGCAUGAAAUCAGAAAAUAAGCAGCGGACAUAACUACAAAAUGAAUGGCAUCGACAACCUAGAUCUUAAUCUACUUCAUAGACAAGACAGAACAUCGAAACAUAAAAACAACUAUGACCUCUCGGAAUUUACAUUUCCGUUUGAAAACUUUGUUUUUGAAGGAGGUGGGAAUAAAGGAUUGGCCUAUUCGGGUUGUAUAAGGGUUUUGGAGGAAAUUGGCGUUUGGGGUCAGAGCAAGAGAUUAUGUGGGACAAGUUCAGGGGCAAUGACAGCGACACUCCUGGCCGUAGGAUACAAUUCGUACGAAGUUGAACGAUUUCAAAACUUGGAUCUUCAUGAAAUGUUUCUAGAUACCACAUGCGGCUUGUGCAGUCUUCUCCCAAAUGUUCUGAAACAUUUUGGUUGGAACCCAGGGAACCGUAUUCUUAAAUGGUUAGGUGACGUCAUAGCAGAAAAGACAGGAAAUAAGGACAUUACGUUUAAACAGCUGUACGAUAGAUUUGAUAAAGAGCUAUGCGUCGUGGUGACCAAUCUCAACCACAUGUCCACCGAAUACUGUCACGUUAAGACCACCCCGAACAUGCCUGUCAGGAUAGCAGUGAGAAUGUCCAUGUCAAUUCCAGGUCUGUUUAAACCAGUGAAAUGGGUGCCUAAAGGAAGUAGGAAUCCGGAUUAUUUCAUAGAUGGCGGUCUGCUCUCGAAUUAUGCAAUACAUGCAUUUGACGGUUGGUGGCUUUCCAUGGCUCCUAGCGAUUCCUUCUUGAAACGACUCCAUCCAUUAGAAAAGCUGGGCAAUCUUUUUGACAAGACAGAGCGAUUUGGCUCCAGGAACGACAAAACACUUGGGUUUCUUUUGUAUGCAGACAAAGAUGUGGAAGUGAUACGCCCGGAUCUUGAUGAUAGAGCUGAUGUUGACCCACAAGAUAGGAUUCCAAAUACAAAGCUUGCAAGACAACGAAUGGAGGAUAAACGGGCAGAGGCAAUAGAAGCAGAAAAACACUCUGCUAUGUACGAUGCAGUGGACGCUUUCCUCGAUACGUUAGCAGAUGAAGAUAUAAACUUAGACAGCAUGACAAACAAAGAAGAACUAAAAUCAGUUCUUGAAAAGGUAACUGAAAAGAAGAAAGAGCAUUACAAAACAAUGUUCGGAAACAGCUCAAUUGACGACAUUUUCAACAUACUAGACAAGGAUAACAGUGGGCAGAUUUCCUUCACUGAGUUGGUGAAUUAUUUUAAUACUAAGGGAGUGGACAUUCAACAAAGGUUUACAGGGGUCAAAAGACAAAACAUUUCCGGAUUAAAGGAUUACAUUAACAUUAUACAACAGUCUCUAUCUGUGAAUCUGACACGUAUACACAUAAAGACUUCUGAUGCAGCAAGAACAGUUGGGAUCAACACUGGUUACAUAGGGACUACAGAUUUUGAUAUGGAGGAUGAAGACAAAGACUUCUUGGUGGAGCAAGGACGUCGAUCAACGAUAUCGUUUCUGCGACAAUAUAUUGACACAAAUAAUCUGGAAUCAAGUAGAAAACUGCUAGGAAACUCCACGACAACAUUAGAGAAAGAUAAUGACGACAUAACAACAGAGUUGACGUUCAUAGAAAAUCACAUUCACUCAACCUAUGAUCAAAUAAAAGAUGAAAACGAGAGGACUAACAUGAAAUUACCCCUAGUUGUAUGAAAUCGGAUAGUACUGACCUUACAAAAUCAGCACUGGCUUCGAAUUCACCUGAAUUUAGCCCAUUAUGUGGUUAGCGUUAUGAAUGAUAAAUGUAAAUGUGUUUUAGUUGUGGAGGAAUGAGCUGCAAUAGAACUCCAUAUUGAUUCUAUCUUACUUUUUGAUUGUUAAAUUGGCCUCAUGGUAUCACCCAACAUUCACAGCAACUACGAAGCUUACUUUGCUCAACAACUUACGUAUUUGUUCACGUGAUAUUACCGAAAGGGCAUAUACAGGAGUUGACCAUAGUGCCACCUAUAUCAGAUCCUGUUGACGGGAGUGGAGAACUGUUACUUGUGACUGUCUGUGAUCGAACAAUUAAUGAUGCUCGUUUACCUUUGUCUUUGCCCAUUUCACUGUUUUAUUGCGU